AUGAAUGAUUUCGCUUUUUCCACUCUUGACGUUGAUGAACGUAGUGAUGUUCAAAUUCCAUCUAAAGGUCGAGUUGUUUCGAACAGACCAUCGUUUGUCAUCUACAGAAUGUCGUGUGACAUGCCAGACUCCAUUCAACAUCAACCAAAGAAUACUAUUGGAGGUUUUGAACGGCAAUUAUCUCUACUUGACCCAUCAUCCGACCGGGUCAGUACAAUUCUUGUUUGGCAACAUUUAACAGUGACAUCUCGUGAACCAAGUCAUAGAGAAUUCUUCAAAAAAGUCAAAACAUGCAAUCGAUACGUUCCAAAACGAAAAUGUUUACUCAACAAUGUCAGUGGAGCCAUUAUCGGAGGCUUAUGGGCUGUUAUGGGUCCAUCUGGUUCGGGAAAAUCCACUCUAUUAAACACCUUAGCUUGUCGUCUGGAUGUGAAUACAAUCGUCCAAGGUGAAAUUCGCUUGAACGGAGCACCGUACAACAAUGCUGAAUUAAAACGUAUAGCUGGAUAUGUCAUGCAAGAUGAUUUACUGAAUGGUUCAUUGACAGUCGAAGAGACUCUGAUGUACACAGCUGAACUUCGUUUACCACGAGAGUUUACAACGAAACAACGACGAACACGAGUCGAAGAUGUUAUGAUGGAUAUGCGUUUAACUCAUGUUCGAGAUGUUAUCGUUGGUACGACGUUGAAAAAAGGUAUUUCAGGUGGUGAACGGAAACGUGUAUGUGUGGGAAUGCAAUUACUCAAUCGUCCACAAUUACUUUUUCUCGAUGAACCAACAUCAGGCUUAGAUUCGGUCACAGCACUUGAUCUUCUUCGAACACUUCAUUCACUUGCUCAUGGAAAAUUACCGGAAAAAGCGCCAGAUGAAAUUCUCCUCUGUCUUCUGUUCAACAGUUGUGCUCAUACUCGAACGACACAUGCAUUAGACAUUGGCCGAAAAGUCUGGUCUCAGCUAUCAUCAGUUAAUCAAAGAAAUCAGUUCAUUCUCAAUGCUGCACUUGAUAUGUUUAUUAAAUGUGGUGAUGUGUCGAGUGCGGAAAAUAUCACGUUCGCUAAAACAAAACGUAAUGUCAUUGAUUAUGGACAAUUAAUGAAAUACUACAAUGAUCAUCAGUGCUUUAGUGCACAUGGCAAAGCGGGUUGUGUUAAUCAAGCGAAACAAGUUUUCCAACAGAUCAAUAGACCGAAUUCUGUGACAUAUACUGCUAUGAUUAAUGCAUAUGGACUAAAUGGAAUGGGCCAUGAUGCACUUGAACUUUACUAUCAGAUGCCGUCGGAGAUGAUCGUUGAGAAGACUUAUGUUUGUAUUCUAAAUGCCUGUUCACAUUCAGGACUUGUCGAAGAAGCUCGGUCAAUUUUCUCAAAAAUUCCAAAGAAAGAUGAAUGGAUUUAUACAGCAAUGAUUGAUUGUUUGUGUCGUUCGUUUAUCUUCGACGAAGCAAAACAACUGAUUGAAAACUAUGAAAAUAAUCAUCGUCCUUGUCUGCCUAUGUAUAAGGCGCUGCUAUCAGGUGCUCGAAAUCGAACCGAUGUACUCCUGGCACGACAAACAAUUCAUCGAAUACAACAGUUGUUUCGUGGCAUGGACAAGUCUUUAGUAUCGGCAUCAGCAGGCGAGUUAGAAGAAGCAUUACAAAUCAGAUCAAAACUUAGCGGAACACGUGUAAAGAAAAAAAUGGGUUUAUCUUGGACCGAAGCUAAUGGUGAAAUUGUGGAAUUUCAUGCUCAAGAUCGAUCUCAUGCACAAACUCAAGAAAUCUACGAUGAACUGCAACGAAUUGAACAUGAACUUAUUGAACACGGCCAUAAUCACAGUGAAAGAUUGGCACUUGCAUUUAACUUUAUUCAACGACCCAUUCCAUCACAAAUUCAAAUCGUGGAGAAUCUUCGUAUUUGCGGUGAUUGUCACCGUGCAAUCAAACUAAUCAGUCAGAUUCUUAUUCGUGAUGCAAACCGAAUUCAUCAUUUUUCACAUGGCAUCGUGCUUUAUUUUUCGAAUUAA